AAACAGUGGAGAUAAAAACACGCAGCUUCCAUUUCCUGAACCUUUUCUAACAAGAAUUAAAAGAACUGCUUAAAUGAACCAUGGGUUGGAUACUCUCCAGAAUGAAGUUAGAAACGCUCUUUCUACAAGACGUCUGCACAGUCAUCGUCUCUCCAUCCGUCUGCCGCGGCCACUGCCGAAAGAACAAAACUCCAUUGUUUGAAUUAGAAAUCAGCCCGUCUAUACAUUUCAGACGGACUGUAUCUGUUUAGUUGUUGCAUUCAGAAAAUUUAAACAUGGAACAGUUAACUGCUAACUUAUUGUAAAGAUUAUCAACGUGAGAUAUUUUUAAAAAUUAUUUUAGAUUAUAUUUUUAAUUAAUAAUUUUAAGUGGUUAAUAGACUUACGUGUAGUAUAAUGAAAUCUAGCUUGAAUUUAAUUUACUAGUAGUAAUAAACUGCCAAAAACGCAUUUUUAGCUAUGGAUAACUCAUUAGAAAACGCGAAAAGAGUAGGUAACAGUCUGCUAGGGAACACGAUAGCUGAGGACAAACCUAGAGUUACAGAAAGAAUCAAAAACUUUGACCGAAUUACAAAGAGGAAUAAAAACUUUGACCGAAACAAAUCAUCAAAUAAUGAACUCAACCCGUCGCCAGAAACAUCUCAACAAGACUACGCUGACGUCAACAGUGCCGUUCAGCAGACUACUGACAAGAGCCUCCUUCAAACUGAUCCCAACACUACCCAGAACAACAGCCCAAAUCUGCCCAACACCGACCAAAGCUUGCCUCCAUCCGAUCAUAACUCGCCUAAAACUAGCAGCAGUAAACUACGUCGCAAUGAUCUAAACCAAAUAAGUCCCAAGUUGUCCGAAAGAAACAGUCCCAAUCUACAAAACACUGACCAAGACAUACCACAAUUAGAUCCAAAUAUAUCGGAAAACAACAGCCCACGUUUACAAAACACUGACCAAACAGAUCCCAAUCUCACAGAAAACAGCCGAAAUCUACAAAACACGGAUCAGGAUUUCCAAAACAAAACGUCGCAACUGAAUUCCGCAAAAAUAAGUCCCGCUGAAGUGACCGAAAUGAGUCCUAACCCUUUUGAAAGUAUUGUGUACAAAUCUGAAGACACCACUUCGCCGAAAAUCACCGGAAGUUCCAAGCCGGAUAGUUCAAGCGAGAAUACCCGAGUCUCAUUUCAAAGCGCAGAUCGUCGUUCAACCAUACACUACACAUCUGAAGCAUCAUCGCUCCCUCCUUCCCAUAGUUUAAAGUCAGAUCUUCAACAGGAAGUUGUGACUGAAGGAUCGGAUCCAUCCAGCUCGAAUCCAAAGGUCAGGAUGCCACCCACUGCGAGAAAGAAACAGUUUUGGUAUAAUGAAAUUCCACCAAGCUUGUAUCAGCAUCUUCCGGUGAUACCCCAAAAAUAUCUUCCAGGUCUCUUGUACAAAAGGAGAAAAGAAAUUCUGUGUGAGGAGCUGGACAGCGAGCAGCGCCAGUUACUGAAGGACGAGAGAGUUGCUAGGAUCUAUCUCAACCCCGUACCCGUCCCAAUCCAGGCCUUCAAGCUCCGUUCUGAAACUUCCCCAACUCUCCUCAAACUCAAAGCUCAGGAGAGGGCAGGCCCGUCUGAGUUGGAAAAACGCGUCAUCAAAACACACAGCAUAUAUGGCGCCACCUACAUCCGCCCGAACGAGCGACCCAAGACGAAGAGGACCAAAACUGAAGCAGACGACUGUCGCUACCUUGGAAGUCUACCCCCCUACACAGGACCCUAUGCCUACCGAGUGAAACCUUUCGAAGUGUUGAAAGCGGAAGUCGUCAGUGACCACUAUCAGUUUUUGCAAGGCAGCAACGCCAGAGGGCGCCAGUUUUCGCCACAAGCCUUUAAGAAGCUCGAGGCGAAGAAAACCAAAACAACAGCCCAAGCAAUAUGGCGGCGGGAGAGAUUUACCUCCCCUGAAGGAUGCGACUACAAGACCAUCAAGGAGCAGAUUCGUGCGGCUAAGUACCAGGCCAUGGCCAAGGCCGUCCAACAGGCUGAGGACGGCGACCGUGUGGCCCUGGACAACGCCCACCUCUGGACGGACUACCAAGAAGUCGAGCCCGACACGACAGAUGGGACAGGGGAGGUAACUCCACGCUUACCCAGUGUUACAAGGGAGAGAAGCAGAUCAAAAUCUCCAAACAAGAAAUCGCGCGACCAGUAUCACCUCGAACCGCUAAUCAUGUCAACCGAUAAACUAAGGCUGGAGCUAGCGCCAUCUUUAGUCCAUCAGCAGAAGGGAAAUUUUGUGGCAGACCCGAAGAAAAACGCUAAAUGUGCUAAACAGUGGAAGAAAGACAAGGAAUUGGGAAUAAAACACUACUAGUAUGGCUAUGUAAAUACAACUCUAAAACUGAGCAGUGAAAAUCGUGAUUUGGGACAGCACCAAGAUUCGUUCGCCUCAGCUAUUAGAUUAUAUCGUUUUAAUAGAAUGUUUCGUUUUUACAAAAAAGUUUGUAUUUCAUAUUAGGAAGAUGAGCAAAGUAUAUAUAGCCCUAUAUAUACUUACAUAUCUC